CGACUCGUGCCGGUUCAAUUUCUCGCUCUCGUUCAUUCUUCCCCCUAGCGAACGAGCGAGAGAGAGAGGCAGCCAUGGCGGAUUCCGAAGAGGAGCUAGUCCUCCUUGAUCGUUCCUCUCGAGCUACCAGAGGAAAAAGAAUGACUAAAUUGUUGAAUGAAGAGGUUGAACAGGAUGAAGUAUUUUGGAAUCAAGAUGCUCUUAUGGAGGAAGAGAAUGAUGAAAAUUAUGAAGAAGAGCCUGAAGUUGCUGAUGAGUUUGAUAGUGACUUUGUUGAUGAUGAAUCUGAACCUGAUGAUGAAACUGAAGUAGUUGCAGAAGACAAAUUACCUGUCAAAAAACGGCUAAUAUUCCCUGGGAAGACAAUACCAAAAAAGAAAAGCAAAACAAAGGUUCUUGCAAAGCUCGAAACGACUCCAAAAGAUGAAUUAUCUGAGAAAUCUCCCCCUUCUGAAAAUCAGGAUUUACCUGAUGACGCAGAAGGUGAAAGAACAGUGCGAAAAUCAACUAGAACAGCAGUUAUUGUUAGGCAAGCAGAAAGAGAAAUACGUGCAGCAUUGCAGGCGUCUAUGAAGCCAAUUAAAAGGAAAAAGGAAGGUGAGGAGAAACGGAUGACACAAGAGGAGAUGCUUCUAGAAGCUGCUCAAACAGAAAUUAUGAACCUGCGAAAUUUGGAACGUGUCCUAGCAAGGGAAGAAGAGGUCAAGAAGAAGGCUGUUGUACAUAAAGCAGUUUAUGAUGGUCCUCAAAUUAGAUUUUUAUCAAGAGAUGGCGAAUCACAUCUAGAAUUCAUCAAAGGCGCUUCUUUCCAGAACGAAAUUUCUACAACACCAGUUUCAUAUCCAGAGAAGACCGUUUGUGUGGUGACUGGAUUGCCUGCUAAAUAUCGUGACCCAAAGACAGGAUUACCAUAUGCAACAUUAGAGGCCUUCAAAUUGAUUCGUGAGAGAUUCUUGAAACAGGAAGCCUCCAAGAAGCAGCAGCAAUGUAUGGACAUGGGAGACCUGUUCGAUACAAUACACCGCGAAGGAUUCCUAUCAAAGCGGAAAAGAACCGAAGUUAGCAUGACCAAAGGACGAUCCGAUCCGCGCUUAGGAGCUCGAUUUCGAAAAAUACCCGCUCUCGAUAUGUUUGAUCAAGAUUGAGGAUCGGUAUCUUUGCAAAAGAAAACUAGAUGUACAGCUCAGGUUGUAUAUUUGUAUGCGUAUUCAGGAUCAACUACAAUUAGGCCAACUCUAAGCACUAAUUUUUGUUUAAUCGUUUCAUAAAUUUUCUGCAGCAGUUAAAUAAUACAGACUCUCACUCAACUGGUGGAUUUGGUUAUAUAUUUUUAAGCAGUCUUAUCAACU